GAGUGACUUAAAGUCUAGCCCGGGACUGGAACGAGUGCGGUCGGUGUAGAUCUCUGGGAAAUCGGGUAACUAGAUGGUUAAGGGAUGUCCCUGACUCAGGAAGGCCCUGCCACCUCCAGGCAGUAGGAGAGAAAACAUUGGCAUGUCUCAACAGCUGAGCGUAAUGUGGUGGAGAAUCUGAAGGUAACUUGGAGAAACAUGUUGCAAGGUAAAUCCUGAAAUUCUUCAACUCUGGAACCAUUCUUGUGAAUCUUUUCUAUGCCUGUUUUAAGUUUUUUUUUAAACAGUCUCCCUAAAUGUAGGACAUAGAACAGGAUGCAUUACUCCUGUUAGGCUCAAGUCUGAGUUUCAUCCUAGCUGCCUAUUGAUUUGUACACCCCUCUUUAGAAAGCCCAGAACACCAUACAUUUUCAAUGACUCUCUGCCCUGCUUAUUUCAAUGACUUAUGUGCAUAUAGACAAGGCCUGUUUUUAAAAUAUUAUUCUCAGCCCUCACUAAACUGGUAUCAAGAUGAAUCAAGCAUGCAACAUGUUCCUGUUUGAACUGACUCCUGCAGAUCCUCCAAUGCUACCUUGUACUCCUAAAGUAUCCAGACAUGCUGUAGUGUUCUGCCCUGCUGCCUGGAGGUGGCAUGGUCUUCCUAAACCUGAGUCAUUCCUUUAUUAGCAUCACAGAUUUGGUAGAAAUGUUAUUGAUUCUCGUGUUUUUAUCAAGCUCUCAAAUUACCUCUUCCAACCCCACCCCCACAAGACCAAUGGUGCAAACAAUAGUUGUGUUGUGGGCAGGAUGGAUGACCUGCUAAUCUUGUAGCCUGCCUUGGCUGGCCAAACAGGUGAGGGGGUCAUUCAACCCAACUAUUUGUCCUCUUCCCAGUCUGUUCUUAUCCAGAUGUCCCUGGAGCAUGUCAUAACCACUGGUCUGCUUGAGGCCAAGGCCUGUACACGUAGUAGGUGCUACAAGUGUUGAAGUGCCACGUGGAAGUAUCUUGGGGAUUUACGUAACAAUCGAGCUAAUAGUUUAUUUUGUUCUCUUUUUAAACCCCUUUCUCUAAACUGGAUUUGUUGAGAUAUUUAUUGGUAAUAUUCAUUAUGGUUUCUCUUUCCCUCUGGUCUGCAUGCCACAAAUAGUUGUACUGAAAUGUGCUUGCUUGUAUUCAUUUUUCUCUUCUGAGACCUUUUUAUUUUUCUCUGUUUGAAGCUUCAUUUUGACUCCCUAGUUUCUUGACCAAUUAUUUAUUGCAUUCCUUGAGCAAAACAGAUAGGUUUUGGUCUAUUUUACCAAGGGAUAUUUAAAAUAAAACUCAAGAUCUGGUCAACAGAAAUUGCAGAAUUAUCAUAAUGGGCUGUAUAGAAGUCUGGACUUAAGUGCACUUUGUUUCGUGAAUAAAUGCAGAUUAUGCUCGCACUGUUUUUUUUCUUCCAUUCUUAACUUGCAAGUGAGACUGCAUUUUCAAAAGACAUUUGUGAGCAACCUCAGGCUAUCACUUUGGACUGGCCUCCAAGAGGAAGGACUUUACAUUGUGGGUUAACUUGUACUUGAGACAUGAAUGUUGGGAAUAAUGAAUCUAUAGGUAUGAAUUCAUUGCCUGAAGACCAAUACAUUGAACAACAGAAAUACUUAGGAAUUGGAGGAGGAAUACAUGGUGAUAUUAUGUCAACCACAAUCUCAAGCGCAGCUGCAGCCUUUGAUGGGUCUCAAAAUGUGAACAACCAUCUCAAAACUAACUCUGACAGUUCUCGUUGGAAACCUGUUGAAGGUAGCAUAACUUGUUCCCAGAAUGAGGAGGAUGAUGAUGAUGAUGUUGUGUUUGUCGAACCUUCCUUUUCUGCAAAUUAUCCUGCAACCACACGAGCAAACAAACCCAGUGCUUCAGUUCCAGUGUUUCAUAAUCCAGAAUCCAUUGGAAAUGAAAUGAAUACGUCAUUGCCACCAACAGGAAAGGAUUUUGUGUCACCAGUAGAGCCCAUCAUAAUUGAUGAUGAGGAAGAAGGAAACCCUGAGCCAGGAAAAGCUGCUACGUCUGGAAGAUGUGCUGAAAGAAAUGGAUUCAGCAAACCAACUGACUUGGGUGGCCACAAAGUUGAUUUCCAUAACAUUGCAGUGCCGUACAUGGAUAAUCAGGGUUUAUUUUGUACUCCAAAUUUUGAGAAUAACAAUUUAAAUUGGGAAUGCAGAACAAAUAUAAAGGAAGUUGACUUGAAUAAAUGCCACCCUUUACAAACAACAAUGCUUCCAGAUCCCAGAAGAGGUAAUAUUUUGCCAACAAAUGGAAAUGAAGCAUUAAGCCAGGGUAUCAGUACUGAACCAGACUCUGAAAUACAAAUAACCUGUGUCACCACAUUGGAUGCCAGUUCUAAGCCCACUACAAAUGAACCACCAGCACAACGUUCUGGGGAAACUGAUUUAGAUUUAAUGAUUUGCAAUGUCACAUCUCUUCAUGAUCAGAAAUUUGAAGGUGUAGAUGAGGGAGUACAGAAACAAACUUUUCAAUAUAGCGUGGGUACUUCUAACUCUGACAAUAUUAUGGAUGGUGCUGGAGAUGGAUUUCUAAAUGGUGAAUCUGUGCUUUUGACAUCACAACACAAACAUGGUAAUGUGCAAAAUAUUUUACCCAAGAGUACUAUCCGAACUCAGGAAAUGACUGAAGAGACUGAAAGAAAAAGGAACAAUCAUAAGGUGAACAAUGGAACCUGCGAAGAUGUUACUAUGAAUGCCAUAAGAAUCACUGAUGUGUAUGGAUCAUCCAGCCAUCCUGUAAAUGAUUCAUGGGUAUCACUGUCACCUUCACUCCCCACAAAUCGUAAACUGAAUGUUUCAGAUUCUGUUGUGCCCAUGGCGCCUCUUUCUAAACCAGUCUUCCAGUCAUCUGGGCUUCAGCAGCAAGGCAAGUCAUCGAUGAAAGUUAUUUGCGCUCACUGCAAAAAGCCAUUACAGAAAGGUCAAACAGCAUACCAGAGGAAAGGUUCAUCUUACCUCUUCUGCUCUACAACUUGCUUAUCAUCAUUUUCUCAUAAACCAGCUCCAAAGAAACUCUGUACUACGUGCAAAAAAGAGAUAACUAAUAUGAAGGGAACAAUUGUUGCACAAGUGGAUUCCGGUGAAACAUUCCAGGAAUUUUGCAGUACAUCCUGCCUAUCAUUUUAUGAAGAGAAACAAAAAACUCCAGCGCAUACAAGUCACGUUACCCAAGGAAAUUAUGGGAAAUGUACCAUUUGUGGCAAAAUGACUGAGAUUCGACAUGAAGUAAGCUUUAAAAAUUUCGUCCACAAACUUUGCAGUGAUGUUUGUUUCAACAAAUAUAGACAAGCCAAUGGACUUGUAAUGAACUGCUGUGACCAGUGUGGGAUAUACUGUUAUAAUAAAGGAUCUGGAAACCACUUUCUUUUCCAUGAUGGCCAUCACAAAAGAUUCUGUAGCUCCAGAUGCCUCAAUGAUUUUAAACAGAGAAGCAGUAAAAUAAUUCCCUGCACGGCAUGCAGAACUCCAUGUCGAAGCUUUGACAUGACUCAGCGUGUAGAAGCUGGUGGGAAUAUUGAAGCAUACUGUUCGGUUGCUUGCAUGUCUGUACACAAAACAAGAUGCCCAAAACCAACAGGUAUGGGAUCUUGCCACUUUUGUAAAAGAAGUGCUUUGCCUCAAUUUCAAGCCACAAUGCCUGAUGGAAAACUAUACAACUUCUGCAGCUCUAGCUGUGUGGCUAAAUUUCAGUCUUACAGUGUACAAACAACAACAAAUGGUCAGGUUGUUACAAGUGAGGUGCAACUGAAGUGUACCUACUGCAAAACUGGAUUCAGUGCUAAGCCAGAACUAUUGGAAUGGGAGAACCAUGUAUUCCAGUUCUGCAGUAAAAUGUGCUGUGAGGAUUACAAGAAACUCCAUUGCAUAGUGUCUUAUUGUGAAUAUUGUCAGGAAGAGAAAACUGUACAUGAAACUGUGAAGUUCUCAGGAGUAAAGAAAGCAUUUUGUAGUGAAGGCUGUAAGCUUCUGUAUAAGCAGGACUUCGCAAAACGUUUGGGUCUGCGCUGUGUUACCUGCAGCUACUGCUCCCAGAUGUGUAAGCGCGCAGCGGCUAAAGAAAUUGAUGGAAAAGCAAGAGAUUUUUGUAGCGACGAUUGUUGUAAAAAGUUUAUAGACUGGUAUUUUAAGGCUGCAAGAUGUGACUGCUGUAAAGCUCAGAGAGAGUUGGCUGAAUCAGUUCAGUGGCGGGGAGAAAUGAAGCAUUUUUGCAAUCAGCAAUGUCUCCUGCAGUUCUAUUGUCAGCAAAAUGAACCCAACAUGUCUACACAAAAAGGUCCUGAAAAUCUGAAUAUGGUUUCAGAUCAAAAUGUUCAGACCCAGGUUUUUACAGUCACGGCCUCUAACCAGACAUCGACACCUUCACCAACACCUGUAAAAGAGCUGAAAAAUAAAGCAUUGUUGUGCAAACCCUUAACACAGACAAAAGCUACUUACUGUAAGCCUCACAUGCAGUCAAAAUCCUGUCAAACAGAGGAAGAUUGGAAGCCUCAGGUGAUUCCUGUGCCUAUCCCUGUGCCGGUCUAUAUUCCAAUUCCAAUGCACAUGUAUUGCAACAGCUAUCCAGUACCUGUCUCAAUGCCUAUUCCGGUACCUGUUCCAGUGUUUCUGCCUACUACCCUAGGAAAUGCUGAGAAGAUAGUUGAAACAAUUGAGGAUCUCAAGAGGAAGGUUCCUUCAAAUCCAAUUGAAGCUGACAUACUUGCUAUGGCAGAAAUGAUAGCUGAAGCGGAGAAGAAUCCUGUAUCAAUGGAAUUCUGUGGUAUUGACACCGAUGAGAAUGGCGAAAGUUUCUUGGAUGUUUUUGGGACCAUUAAAGAUGAUUUGGAAGAGCAAUCCAAUAUGCCUGGUAAUAAGUAUGAACUUGCUCUGGACUUGGAGAUUGAUUUUCCCAGAACUGCUGAAGACUUGGAUACAGAGAGUGAAUAUCUGUUACCUCCAGUGUUUGGAGAAGAAUACGAGGAACAGACCAGACCUCAAUCUAGAAGAAAAGGUGCAAAGCAAAAAGCACUUUCUGAUGGUCAUUCACAAGAUGAUAGCAUUGUCACUCCUGAGAUUGGUUUUACCUUAAGUUACGUUUAUGGUAUAACUGCGUGGAAGCAUUGGAUUGCAGCAAAGAAAGCAAGGAGUGAGAAUACGGUCGAGAUGGAUGGAUUAAACUCUGCUUUGUUAGCAAAAUCUGCGCACAUUAAAGGGGAACUGUUGUCAUACACUGCUGCAGAGCUUGAUUGUGGAUUGGCUAUGUUUGUAAAGGAAGUCCGAAGACCAAAUGGUGAACAUUAUGCACCUGAUAGCCUCUAUUAUCUAUGCCUUGGAAUUCAACAGUAUCUCUUUGAAAAUAAUAGAAAUGAUGACAUAUUUAGUGACUCCUGCUAUAAUACAUUUAAUGAAGAAUUUAACACAAUCUUGAGGAGUUGGCGACCAAGUAUUUUACCAAAUGGCUCUAUAUUUUCACGUGUUGAAGAGGAUUAUCUAUGGAAAUGCAAACAGCUGGGGCCACAGUCACCAUUUGUCCUUCUUAAUACUUUGCUGUAUUUUAACACUAAAUACUUUGGGUUAAGGACCAUUGAACAGCAUAUGAGACUUUCCUUUGCAAAUGUUGUCAAACAGUGGAAUAGAAACUCUGACAGUACUGUAUGCAUUCGAUACGAGGUACCUGCUUUGUGUACAAAUGACAAUCAAGACAAAAUUACACCAGGAAAGAGAAAACGUGAGGAAGAUGAUCCUGUGUUUGAACAAAAGGAAAACUUGGCAAAUCCAUCGAGAUGUCCUGUAAAAAUGUUUGAGUGCUACCUCUCAAAGUGCCCUCCAAAUCUACAACAGAGAACAGACCUCUUUUAUCUGCAGCCAGAACACUCCAGUUCACCUGAUGGUCCGAUUUGGUACUCCAGUGUCCCUUUGGACCGCAACAUCUUGGAAAAUAUGCUUGUACGGAUUCUUGUGAUCAAAGACAUAUAUGAAGAAAAUGAAAGGGACAGUUCUGAAGUAGAUGAAGAUGAUAUUGCUUGAAAUUUCCCAAUUGAGCAAAGAAUCAUGACACUGUUAUGUCAGGUUUCUAGAGUUUAAUACAGGAAAACAAUGGUGUGCAUUUCCUGGAAUGAUCUUCUUUAACUGAGUUAGUAGCAAUAUACCCAGAUUGGGUAUUAUGUAAAUAACCCUAAAUGAGAGGAGAGUAGCAGAUGUUAGCAAUCUCCCUAGUGACUUUUAGGAUAUGUAUACUUCAAAACAAUUACUUUCACUUCAGUUUUUUUAAAAAGAUUAUUUAUUGAAUUGAUUUGUUGUCAGGAAGCAUUUCCAUUUGUAACUUUUUACAUUACAAACUAAGGAUCUCAAAUGUGUCAUGUGUAUUUUUUUUUCUGAUUUGAGAAACUUGCAUUAAAACAAACUACAGUGUUUCAAAAUUUCCCUACAGAAGGGAUGAUUUUAAAGGGUGCUGUCUCCCUCAUAAGGGUGUGCAUCUAUGUACAGUAAUAAAUAUAGUCUUAGAACUAUAAAUCAAUUUAGAACUAGCCUCCUGAUGGUUGUCCUUCCACAAAUGUACCAGUUGGUGGAGUUUUCACCACAGAUUCUGUGAGCAUUAAUUAUUUGUUAUGCUGAUGGAUGGUGCGGUCUAUUUUAAUUCUCUGUAAAAUAACUGGUUUUAUGGAAAGAAGACCUGAAAUAAAGAAUUAAGAGAAUUACUGAAUACUGACUAAAUGUCAUAGUGGAAGGAAAACUUAACUGCAUUGAGGGAAGAAUCUACAUAUAUAUUCUGCUCCCUUGGAAAGGAGAUAAUUUAAAUGUGGUCAGUUAAUAUUGUUCCAUUGCUUGAUCUGAGUUAUAAAAAAACUACAGCAUACCCCUUAUGAAUAGCUUAUGUAGGUCAUAUGUUUGGCAAGUGUUACUUGGAACUGAUUUAGAGAUAACGUUUCUUGCCUCUGCCUUGUCAUUCCUCUCUGGUGCUGAAGGACUUUUGGCUUUAGAGCUUGCUGUUAUGAUUUGUGUUACCUUAUUGCACUGAUACCUCAACUUUGUUUUUCCAUGUGCCGUUUUUUUUUCACUCUUGUAUCAAUUGAGCUUUAAACCCCCUUACAUCAGAACUGACAUCGGAUAUUAAUGUGGGUGAGAGGGCACAUAGUCCAGUCUAGUGCCAGUUAGAAUCAGAUCUCUCACAGCGUGUCAGUAAUUUUACCCUCCCUCCCUUAAAUUCCCUGUAUAGAUAUUGAACGUUUAUGUGUUGAUUUGCAUCCAGAUAUGGAGCAGACAAGCAGGUGCACUGCCUUAUCAAGGCCUUAUUUGCGAUUCGGAAUUAAGAUGCAUCAUUAAGCUGCGUAAGAACAAAAGUUGCAAAAUUGCACUCUCUUGAUUUUAGAACAGUUUUCACCAAGAUAUCCCCUUGAUUCUUUGCACAGAUAUAUUUCUGCAUGGAUUGUUGGACACAUCCCUAAUUAUCUAAGCGCAGUGAACUCCCACCCAUAGAAUGGGCUAGCUCUGGAGCUUGAAUAGAUUUCACAAGUUUUGUGCUAAAUAUUUUGAAUUUAUUAGAUCCACAUUGUAUGGUAACUAUAUAAAGUGCACUUUUGCAUACUAGGAAACAUACAACGGAUCCCUAGUAGUACAAGCCACCAUAAUUUCAUUGCAGUGUCAUGUGAAUUCACCUGUCUUUAUAGAUAAUGGAUUAAAAAGCACUAUAAAUAAUAUAUCAAUGUUAUAAAAAUGCCACUGAACCCCAACAAGGUGUCCUACUUUAACAAGUUUUGUCUUACUUUAAGAAGAUGCAUGAGUGAACAGAAUCCAGUUCUCAAAGAUGCAUUUUUCGUAUUUAAUCUUGCCAAAUUUAAUGCAAGACAACUUUAUCUCCAUUCUAGGCAGUAACUUUCAUGUUGGUUGAUGUGAAAGUAAAUGACCAUGUGUUCCUGUGUUGCCAGCUUUAAUUGUUGUAUGCCAACUACAUUUAUCAUAUAUAUUUCACAUAUGGUACAUUAUCAAAUACAUUUAUCUCACUGACGAAAGACAUCCUCUGGUUACCCAAGGCCUGAAUGUGGUCAUAGAUCCAUUUCUUGAAUUCAGGUGACCAACAAUGGGUUUUCUGGCCAUAUUGACUAAAAAUAAUAAAAUGCUUGAAGUACUCAGCAGAUGAGGUGGUAACUAUGGAAAGAGAAACAAUUAACAAAAUUUCAAGUUGAUGUCACAUUCCAUCAGAACAGGAAUGAGUUUAGAAUAUAAUAGGUUUUAUGCAAGUAUAAAGACAGUGGAAGCGAAGAGGUUAGAAGGGAUAAUGAUGGAAGAGAAAAUUACGAUGGAGAGGAAGGAUCAAAGGCCAGAAAGAACACCAGUUGCAAGGUAAAAUGGGUUGAUAAUACUCCAAGAAAAACAAAAUUUGAAUCCAGGAAAGCUAUAAAGCUAUAAAUUAAAACUGCAGGUUCUGCCCAACAAAAACUGGUCUAGUGGAUGUAAUUCAAAAUUGCAGAGACCAUCAUUAUCAUUUGCCAGACAUGGUUUCUCGAUUUUUGACUUCAUCGUGCUUCCAUUGUUUAGAGGUUUUGGUAGUAAAAGAAAGUAAACUAUCUGAUAAGUCUUCACAACACUGAGGAUAUUGGAAAUCUGGAGGGAAAAUAGGCAGAACGUUUUGUUGCAAACCUGAAAUUUUGAUCAUUUAAUUAUUUCCAUGGAAAUGCACGGGGCAGGCAACAUCUUUAGAAACAGAAACAGUUGCAAUGAAAGGUAAUGAAC